AUGGCUGCUGCCGGCACGACGUCGCUUCAGCCACAAAACACGAGACAAAAAGACACGAGACAAGAAGACAGGAGACAAAAAGACACGAGACAAGAAGACACGAGACAAGAAGACAGGAGACAAGAAGACACGAGACAAAAAGAUAAGAGACAAAAAGAUAAGAGACAAGAAGACAGGAGACAAGAAGACAGGAGACAAAAAGAGAAGAGACAAAAAGACACGAGACAAAAAGACACGAGACAAGAAGAUAGGAGACAAAAAGACAGGAGACAAAAAAAGAGACAAAAAGACGAGACAGAGACAAAAAGACAAGAGACAAAAAGACAGGAGACAAAAAGACAAGAGACAAAAAGACAGGAGACAAAA